UAACUAUUUCUUCUUUUAGAGAAACAAAUAUGACAACCCACAAAUAUUUAAAUUGCGAUUGUAGUCAAUAUCCCUACAUCGGCAGAGUAUCCGUAGCAGAAGAGGGUAGUGUUGACUUUGUUUAUCAAUUUGUGAAGAAAAGAUUUGUUAUCACGAGAAGAAACCAGAAUCGUAGCAUAUUCUAUACUGCCUCUGACAUAAUUGGACCACCCGAUGAUUUAAAUUAUGUCGAAAAAUUUCAUUCGCCAUGUUCUUUUGGAAAAAUAAAUUCGAGAAAGGUCGAUAUUUCAAUAUCUCCGUGGCAACACACCGAUUCCAUGACAGAGGCAAUUGAAGAGUGGACAAAAGGCCUAUAUAUGACGACCGAAAAUAAUUAUAUUGAUAUCGAGUUUCAUGAAGCUGUAUAUCCAGUCAGAGUCUCUAUUUACGAAAUAUAUAAUCCUGGAAACGUAAUUCAAAUUUCGGCUCAAGAUUCCAAUAAUCACUGGAUUCAGUUGUGGGAUGAAUUGUCUCAGAUUGUACCCCCGAAAUCAAGAUUAUUUUCUCCACCGUUAUCGCAUCCGUGCGACUUCAAAACCAAAAUGCUCAGACUAACAUUUAAAAAGAGUUCACGUGAAUCUUAUAUAGAACUGGGUGCUGUAAUGCUUAUCGGUACAUCAGAUUUGAUCCUUCCUAGAAAUCCUAACGAGAGUUUAAACUUGAAAGCGGUCGAGGAGAGCGAGCCCAACGUUCUUCGCGAGAUCGCGAGUGAGGAGGAGCUGGCGCAAAUCCCGAGAGAAUUAACGAGGAAAAUCAAUGCGCAUUUUAAUGCAAAGUUCGAGAAGUUUAUGACCGCCAAGGCGGUUUUCGAGACCAGCCGAAAAUGUUUGGAGCAAAAUUUAGAGACGGCGCAGAAGGAACUUGCAGAGCAGAAGUUGGAUGACGAGUGUAGAGGGAAGUUGGAGCUAGCGAAAAAGAGCAAUACAGAAGUAUGUAGCAAUCUUGAGGAAGUGAAAAUUGAAGUGCACAGAUUACAGGAAUCUGUCAAACG